AUGGAUGAAGGCAAUCACUCUGUGGUGUUGGAGUUUGUGUUCCUGGGACUCUCCACCUCCUGGGAGAUCCAGCUCCUUCUCUUCCUCUUUUCCUGUGUGUACUAUAUGGCCAGCCUGAUGGGAAACCUCCUCAUUGCUGUGACCUCUGACCCUCGUUUACAAUCCCCCAUGUACUUACUACUGGCCAACCUUUCCAUCAUUGACUUGAUGUUUUGCUCUUCCACAGCUCUCAAGAUGAUUUAUGAUCUUUUAAGAGAGUGCAAAACCAUCUCUUUUGGGAGCUUUGUAGCUCAUAUCUUCUUUAUCCAUGCAGUUAGGAGCCCUGAGAUGGGAUCCCUCAUCGCCAUGGCCUUUGACAGAUAUGUUGCCAUAUGUAAGCCUUUGCACUACCUGACGAUCAUGACCCUGAGGAAGUGCAUUUUAUUUCUAGUCGCUUCCUGGAUUAUUGGCCUUAUUCAUUCAGUGACUCAACUGGCUUUUGUUGUGGACUUGUCCUUCUGUGGGCCUAAUGAUUUAGAUAGCUUUUUCUGUGACCUUCCUUGGUUUAUCAAACUUGCUUGCACAUACACAAGCACGUUGGGAUUCAUGGUUACUGGCUUUAUUUCUGUGGCCUCCUUUUUCAUUCUAAUCAUCUCUUACACCUUUAUUUUGGUGACUAUUCAGAAAAAGUCUUUGGGAAGUAGGUCCAAGGCCAUCUCCACUUUGUCAGCUCAUGAUGUGGUUGUUUUGUUCUUUGGGCCAUUAAUCUUCUUCUAUGUGUGGCCCUUCCCCACAUCACAUCUGGAUGAAUUCCUUGCCGUCUUUGAUGCAGUUCUCACUCCUUUUCUGAGUCUGGUCAUCUACGCUUUUAGGAAUAAGGAGAUGAAGGUGGCAAUGAGGAGACUGUGUUCUCAGUUGGUGAAAUAG